GAGGAGGGAGGGAGGAGGGGGGCCAAACCGAAAGGGAGAAAAAGAGAAGAGAGAGAGAGUGAGAGAGAAAAGUGAGAGAGGGAGGAACGGAGAGGGGAGAGGCUCUUGUGGUGGAGUAAACAUUUGUUUCCUUGGAGUGAGAAUUUGUGCAAACAAGGUCUUGUCGCGGGCAAGGCACUGGAUGAAACUUUCGAACGAAGCAGGCGAGCGCACCUUGGCGUGGACACGAGAGCCCGGCCUCUGAGCACUCACACGGCGGAGAGCGAGACAGAUAUGUGGAAUGUGUGUGUGUUGUGCAAUUCCUGCUAGCCUCUGAGAAAUCUUCUGAGACAGAGGAACGACACAGAGGUGGGAGAGAGCUGUGAUCUCUCCAAAUACCAAACUCAGGUUUGAGGAAAGUAUGUAGCCAUGGAAACCAGACGCACCAACUUGACUCACACGGACACGCUGCGAAUAGCAGAGCGCGGUGGUCGCGAUGUCAGCCCACACGCCGCUUGGAGGAGAGAGAAGGACGCAGGCCGGACAAGCGAGAGACCAAGGGACCCAGAGCCAGACGCCCGGGGCUGGAACCGAGAGAGGGAGCCGAGCUUCACCACCUUCAAGGGACGAGGGGGAGAAACGGAGAGAGACUAUCGGCGAGAGCGAGAGGCGGCCAAGCGUUCCAACGGCAGAGUGGUGUCCAUGCUGGAGCCAGGCCCAGUGGUGGAUCGGGAGGGAGAGAGGGGAAAAGGAGACACCUUCCCCAGGAUGAGAAAACCCAGCCGGGAGCGAGACCGGAGAGCCAACAUCAUCCCGGAGGACGAGAGGAAGAGGAGAGACAGGGAGGUGGAGAGGUGCACAGACAGAAACCAAGAGCGACAGGCGAGGAUGGAGCCUAGCAGGGACCGCAGUAGAGAAAGGGACCGAGAGUUGGCCCAGAGGAGGGACAAGGACAUCCAGAGGUACCGGGAGGAGGAGAGGCGGAGGAAGAGGGAGAGAGGGCAGCUGAUAGAGGACUGGAAGAAGAACGUGCAGAGAAGCUUGGACAGGGAGGAUAGGAGAAGGGAGGAAGUGAGGGAAUAUGACCCCAGCGGCCAAGAGAGGAGGCGUGACCGUAACCCCGAGGGCAAUGACCCACGUGGACCACGCGAGAUGGACAGAGAGCGAGGAAGACCGAGAGCGAGUGACCGAGCAAAUCGCUCUUGCUCUCCCCAACGACGGAGAGCGACGGAGGAAGAGAGAGGGAUGGACAGGUCAAGAGUGGGGUACAAGGACGGGAGAGAAUACAUGAGAGAAGCACGGAGAGAUGCAAGGAGCGAGGGAGAGAGUGAUGGGGGCAGCAGAGGGAACGUUAGAGGAAGGGUGGAAUAUUCAGCGACUCUGCAAUAUAAGCACAGCAGGAGCGAGGGAGAUAAUGAAGGAGAUGAGAAGAGAGAAAGAGUGAGACAGAGACAGAGAGAGAGAGAGGGGGAAAGAGAGCGAGAAACAAACAGAAAUAGGGACGGGUACUACGACCGGGAUAGACAGAGAGAGAGAGGGAGGGACACGGACAAAGUUGUGGACAAGCGGAGGGAUGAAUUUAGUGACCCACAGCGCAGGGGGAGGGAUGACAGGAGUGGCAGAGAGAGGCAAGAUGGACGACCGUACCCACGUGAUGACAAUGUGGCCCAACGCAGAGAGGGCGAGCGUCCUGCAGAGAGGGAGAGAGAGCAGAGGAGACCGAGAGAGAGGGCAAGGGAAGGGGAGGACCGAGGGAGUUCAUCACCAAGCAGUGCACAGUUUAGGACCCAGCCUAGGGCCCCGAGUAGUGAGAAGCCUCGGACUCAGUCACGGGCGAGCAGUGGGGAGUGGAUGUCAGGGAGUGACCUUGAGAACGAGCGGCAGAGGAGAGGUGGGAGGGACGGCAACAAAGGCCGAGAGCCCGGACACGAGAGCACUCCAGAGCGAGAGCGAGAGAGGAGGAGGCCAAGAGAGCCAGACUUCAACAGACCCCCUCCAGUCCAGGAAGAACACAAAGGGCCUCAGAGACAGGACACGACGGCGCGUGAGGGAGAGAGGAGGAGUGUGACCGCUCAAGAUGAGAGAGAGAGAAAGAAAGAAACUGGCAAGGCGGGAGCUGACCGGGACGAGCGGGCAGACGAGGGGAGGACCAUGAGGAGAAUGUGGCUGGUGCCAGGCUCCGAGAGGGGAAAAACCUCGCGGGAGGCUUCGCAAGAGGAGGAGCUGCUCGAGAGCAGGAGAGAGACGGCCAGAGAGCCGGAGGCGGCCAGCCAAGGCCUGCAGGACAAGUUCCGCAAGCUGGAGAAAGCCGGAGAGUUCGCUAGGAACCGCGGCCGAGAUGGGAGUAGGCCUGAGGAGGGAGCAGGAGAGGGCUCUGAGUCGGGGAGCACGGACGAGAGGGAGGCCAACAUAACAGAGGAGAGCGACCGAGAGAGGGAGGAGGGGAGCGAAGGCCUGAGCGACGGAGAGGUACUGGGCGUGUGGCGGACGUCGCCUUCCGUGGAGGACGGAUUUGUGACCGUCUCCAGCGGAGGGGAGGAGGAGGACGAUUUCGAGGACUGCAAGGAAUUCUGGGACAGCGGGGUCCGAGAUGAAGCCACCAGGCAGUCCCAAAGAGUUCAUGAGAGAGGGGUGGAGGCAGGGAACGACAUGAUGAGGACAAAGUCAGACAGAAACAAGCCUGUCACGGUGCUCAGAAAAGAGUCGCACAGUCGAAGGGCCUAUCUUGAUCUGGAUAACCUCGAAUCAGUGCCUCGAACGGACUACUCUAAACUCAAGUACAACAACCGUAGGUCUCUUGACCUCACUGGGGACGGAAGACCCAAACCGGAACCCAGUCCAUCCAAAGACAGGGAUCAGGAUGAAAGGGCUGAAUCACCAAACACGCAAGAGGCAGAGAAGGAGCCGGAGAGAAAAUCACUCUCUAACGAACACGUGCAGGAGGAGGUGACCGCAUCAUCAGAUGACCGAACCAACGCAAACUCCUCCCCAGAGGUCACUGCACAACACCCACCUGCGGGCACAGACAUGCCCGGCGGGCUGGAGGAUUACGGGUACGCUGUUAUAAAAGACGACGGGAGACAGGAAGCCGGACCCUCUGCACAGCAGCCCGGUGGGGAUGCAGAGAUCUGGGCCACGGCGGAGGAGGUGAAGCGGCACUCCCAGGCGCCGCACCUCAAGUGGGCCAAGAACGUGGUGCGAGAGAUCCUCGGCAUCUCCGAGGACCAAGGGUUAGAGGAGGCGUCCGAAGCCCAGACUAAGAGGCCCGCCGAUCCAAACCAAAAUCCACCGGGGCCCAUGCCAGUCUAUGCCACAGUCCAGAAGAGACUAGAAACACCGGACUCAGACUCUGAGUCACACCCGCCGCCGGGGGAGAAGGAGGAAGAAGAGGAGGAGGAGGAAGUGUCGGCGCACUGGGAGGAGCCGAGAGAGGAGGAGAGCGAGGACAUGCGUAUGAGCUGGAACGAGGUAGAAUUAAGGAAAGUGGUGGACUCCAUUGGGAGGACGGCGAAGAAAAGGAACUCUAAAUUCUUCAACUCUCAGCUCUACCAGCAGUACAGCGAGGUGGUGUUGAACAGGGAGAUCCUGCGCCAGUCCGAUGCCGACACACUCUCUGUGGCCGAGGACCUUCCCGCAACCCACCCGGCAUCCUCAUGCAUCUCUGCAGCCGCCACCGUCCAGCCCAGUCCUGCCCAGAGACCCUUGCCCCCGAUACCGCCCCCCACGCACACCAUCCCCUCAUCGGGCUCCUUCUCCAGCGGGACAUCCACGCUGACAGUGCCCCAAAGGGCCCCACGGCCCCCGUCGCCCCGAGUGUCCAUUUCCGGCCAGACGCAGUCGCUUUGGCAGGAGCUGCCCAGUGUCAGGAACAGCACUGAGCUGGAAGACAUGAACGAAGACCAGAGGAGGCUGCAGGAGGUCCGAUUUGAGGUGGUGACCAGCGAGGCCUCCUACAGCCGCAGUCUUGACAUCGUGGUCGAGCACUUUGUCAAGUGCAAAGACCUGGAGACCUUGCUCACAACCCAGGAUCGGAACUGGCUCUUCUCUCGACUCGUUGACGUCCGGGCCAUCAGUCAUAGUUUCCUAACCAAGCUGGAGGAGCGGGUGGAGAACAACACCCUGCACUUUGACGUGUGUGACAUCAUUACGCGGCACUGCCAGAUGUUCCGCAUGGUGUACGUGCCAUACCUCACCAAUCAAUCGUACCAGGACAAGACCUAUCAGCGGCUCAUGGACGAGAACUCGAGUUUCAAGCGCCUUGUGGAGAAGCUGGAGCGCAGCCCCGUGUGCCAGAGACUUCCUCUCCGCUCUUUCCUGAUUCUCCCCUUCCAGCGCAUCACCCGUCUCAAACUCCUGGUGCAGAAUAUUGUGAAAAGAACGGCUCCUAAGUCGGACGACGAAGCACAAGCCAUUAAAGCCAUGAAGCUUUUGGAGAAGAUGAUUCAGGACAGCAAUGAUAGCAUUACACUGAUGAAGAGUAUUGAGUCACUGGUAUCUCUUAGCGCCAAAGUGGACUUUGAAUGCAAGACCUUGCCACUGAUCAGUCAGUCCAGGCGGAUGGUGAGGGAGGGCAUGGUGACAGAGCUGAUGGAUUUCUCCAUGAAGGAGACUGAACGCAGUGUCUACAUUCAUCUCUUCAAUGACUACCUGCUGCUCUCCCUGCCCAAAGAGGGCGGGCGCUUCACCGUGAUUGAUCACGCUCCCGUGGCUGAGCUGCGCGCGGAGAACUGUCGGGUCAAACUCCACUCGCUGAAGAAGAACGUCUUCCGGCUUUACUUGGCCAGGAAAAUGCUCCUGCUGAGAACAGACACACUGAGUGAUAAGUUGCGCUGGAUCUCAGCUGUUUCCAGCCCCCACCCUGAGAUCGACUUCACAGCAGCCCAGGACUUUCCUCAAAUGCAGUGCAUACGUGCGUACCAGGCCCAGCAACCAGACGAGCUCGGCCUGGAGAAAGCUGAUGUCCUAUUGGUCCAUCAGGAGAGCAGUGACGGCUGGGUGGAGGGAACCCGCAUGUCAGACAGACACCGAGGUUGGGCCCCAAAGUCUCACCUGGAAACCAUCACCAAUGAGAAAGCUCGGCAACGCAACCUUAUGGACAUUCACAAAAUCACAGCAGCGACUGCAGCAUUAUGAGUGUCCACUCCACACACACACACCUACACUCAGACAGGCCAACUUACCACCUCUGGAUUCUCUAAGACUGUGCGCCCUCCACACACACAGACUGGUUAUGGUCCACUGAGCAUCAAGUCAGGGUUGGUUUCUCAGCCCAACUUGGCUUUGCUGGGACUCAUUCAAGACUCCUCAGACUACCUGGGCUUGGACAUUUGUCUUGCAGAGACAUGUUUCUUUUUUUUUUUUUUUUUUGUCUCUGCAACACCAGCUGGAGGGUGUUGCCGACAAGGGCCCAGCUGGGAGCAACCACUACCAGACGUUGACUCUAGCACCACCUCCUCAUCAUGAACUUGUGGGCUGCAAAGAAGAGGCAGCUGCCUGAGACAUGGCGAGGCGAGGCCAGGCUUUCUCUGGCCUUGUAAUGACGUCCUUAAAAAGUUAGAUGGCUGUUCGAAAUGAAAGAGGGAUGGGGGGAGUGGUUCAAAGCUAAGCUUCAUUUUUGUUAAACUUGUAACUACGGUUCUUUGGAGUGAACUUUGUAUGAUAUUUCAACUGUAAUUAACAAUAUAGUUUUACUUUUAACAAAACUCUACAAGGAGACACUCUGGUCCUGGCAACGGGGUCACUAAGUAAACGGACCAACAGGUUUAGAUUUCUGUUGAAGCUCUGUACGUGUUUUUUUUUAUAUAUUGAGCUGUAAACUUGCACAGUGCUAGUGCACAUUCUGCCUGGAUCCACAGGACUUGCCAAAUGAAACGGUAAUAAAUUUGUAUUCUGUGGCACU